CGUGCCUGCGCCGCCGCCGUCAGGCGUGUCCCAUGGUGCACCGCGCGGGCUGGCUCCUGCCCACAGUUGAGCUCGGCCUCCUCCUCCUCCUCAGCCGAGCAGCCCCCGGGCCAGGCCGACCCCGGGCCCCCCUCCGCGGCGACUGCCCACCUGCCCCGGGGCGCGGGCGGAACAUGCGGCGAGGCCGGCUGCCCCGCGGCGAGGCCGGCGAGUGAGGCCGCGAGGAGAGGCCGGCCGGGGAGGGAGAGGGGCCGGCAGGAAGAGGGGGGCGUCUCCGCCGCCUCUCCCCGCCCGCCUGCCUCGGCUCCCCCCUCCCCAUCGCCUCCUCCCCAGGGGGGCAAUGACAGCGGCUCCGGGACCCUCCCCGCAGCAGAUCAGGGACCGGCUGCUGCAGGCCAUCGACCCCCGCAGCAACCAGAUACAUAACAUGGUGGUGGUACUGGAAGUGAUCUCCAGCUUGGAGAAAUAUCCCAUUACCAAAGAGGUUCUUGAGGAAACGAGACUGGGCAAGUUGAUUAAUGACGUGCGGAAGAAAACCAAGAACGAGGAGUUGGCUAAACGUGCAAAAAAACUGCUCCGAAAUUGGCAGAAGCUGAUCGAGCCUGUAACACAAAAUGAGACUGUCUCAAGGGGGUUAUCAAAUCCACCUGGAUCAGCAAAUGGUGGAGCUCACAACUGCCGCAUGGAAAUCCCCCCUGUGGCUGUGGUAGGAUCCAAGCCCAUUCACGAUGUGAAGAACAGGAAUGAUGUCCAGAAGCUGAACUCUCCGAAAUCAGAGAAGCCAGGCAACCGGAAGCGGAGAGGUGAACCCCACGAUGACCCCCAAGGUGCUCCUCCGUCAAAAGUUUCAAAAGCCAUCUAUGAAGUAUUACAGAACUCUUCCCCGCCCCCCACCAAUGGGAUUGGAGGGAGCCCUGAGAGUUUCCCCAGCCCUCCAGAAGUGACCACCCUGCCUGGGCCAGAAGGUAGUCGAGCAGAGCUGGGUGAAAAUGACAAGCUCAGUAAGAUUCCAGUGAAUGCGGUCAGGCCCCACACGAGCUCUCCAGGGCUCUUCAAAUCUUCUGGAACUUCCUUGUUGCUCAAGACAGCAGUGAUGCAGCAACAGCAGCAGCAGGAGAGAGUGGAGGAGGCUGCUAGCCAGCUGCGGAGCCCCUGCCGCUCUUCGUUCUGUCCCAGGCACGUCAGGCUGGAAACUCUGGCUCGUCAGCACGCCACAUGCUCUCCGAAGGGCUCUGUGCCGCCUUCGUCUCUGAGGCCUCCCCUCUUGGAUGCUGCAGUGGCAGUGCCCUUAUCACCACCUCUUUCUCUGACACACCCGCCAACGCCGCCAACGCUGGCCAAGAGGCUGGAGGCAGCUCAGCCGGUGGGCCCAGAGCCGCCUCUGCAUUCCCAGGAGCAGCAGACAGCCCCCGAGAGCCAACACUGGCUUGCCACAGGACUAUCCCCUGGCGAUGGGAGCAGCCUGCACCUUGCUGAGUCCUUGGCUGACCUCUCGCCAGACACCUCAAAGAUGGACAGCGACAGCACUGCAUCGGGGUCCGACAGCAGGAAGAAGAAAAAAUACCGGCCUAAAGACUACGUGGUCAACUUGGAUGGGCAGGCGCUAGAAGCAGGUGUGAAGCCCGUCCGGUUAAAAAAGGAGAGGCGGCUCACCUUCGACCCCAAGACGGGCGAGAUCAAACCUUUGGCACAGAGGGACUCUCUGCAGGCGGACCUCACUCUUGCCCAGCCGCACAGGACAGACUCUGACAGGCAGGAGCAAGCCCCGCCCCUGCUGCAGAGCCCCUUCGAACAAACUAAUUGGAAAGAAUUGUCCAGGAAUGAAAUCAUUCAGUCCUACUUGGAUAGGCAGAGUACCUUGCUGUCCUCUUCGGGAGUGCAAACUCCAGGGGCCCCCUACUUCAUGUCUCAAUAUUUAAAGCAAGAGGAAAGCACUAGGAGGGAAGCCAGAAAGACCCAUGUUCUGGUUCCUGUCAGCAGCAAACCCACAAACUUGCCUGGGGUGACACGAGAGGUCACAAGGGAGGACCUCAACAGAAUAUCUGACCACCACUGGCCGGGUGUGAAUGGUUGCUAUGAUACACAGGGUAACUGGUAUGAUUGGACGCAGUGCAUAUCGCUAGACCCACACGGGGAUGACGGGCACCUCAACAUCCUGCCUUAUGUCUGCCUAGACUGAGUACAGUUUUGCUAAGAAGCUUUUUACACUGGCAGAUAGUAAAACGGGCAGGUGCUGAACCACCCCCAAAUCCCCACCCUACCCCGUUGCGCUGAAACAGGCUUACCAGGCAGAGGGUAUGUACAAGACCUGGAUUCUGGCUGUUCCUCUUUUUUUGUGAGGAGCUGCCACCAGUUUACUAACACAUUUUGCAAAGGAAGGCAUAAUAAAGGUUGAUUUAAAAACACACAGAGAUGGUAGAGUUCCCAACUCUCUAGCAAGCCAGCCCUUAAAGAGUUAGUCCCCACGAGGUGAGAGGUGUUUCCAGCACUCUUGAGAAUGCCAGAACCUGAAGACAGGCAGGCACAGGCGGGCAUUGUGGAAGUGGAACAUUGACACACUAGGUGAGUCUAUUUAUUUGUAUUUGAUUUGGUUUUUCUUUUUUCUUGUUAAGAAAUAUAAUAUGGCCGUGAGAUAUCGGGAAACGAUCUGUGCAGAACUGUCCGUUGCCUCUUGUUUGCAUUGCAGCUGCACACCAGCUGAGCAGUCCCUCGGUGCAGAAGUUUGGUUGGCCACAAUGUGUUGUGCUACAAGUCCGGUGGGGAGGGGAGAGGACAGUCUGCAGCCCUGCCUGCCUUAGGUGGUGCUGCCGCUGGAUCUGGGUUUACGUCAGCUCGGUCUGAAAGAUGCUGCAGAAAAUGUGACCGCUCUCCUGGCAUCCCACCAGCCGGCGUGCAUAUGCGCUCCCUGGGAACAUUACGUGGGGGAGCGAGGGAAGAAUGAUUUUUGUUUGUUUCUUUUUUUAAAAAAUCGAGAAGUACUGGCCGAGGGUGCUACUAGUUUGUAAAUGUCCUGUGAAGGGGGAAAUGGGAGCCUGUUUGUAUGCUGGAAAUAUACUUGUUACCAUUCCUUUAGAUAUUGUUUGCCUUACGGAUACCCAUCACAAAUGCGAUUUGCAAAAACAGAGCCUUAGUGAAUGUACAGUACCUAGACUUCUGUGUUCCUGAGACACAGAAGGAGCAACUUUGCUAUUGGUCCUUUAAGUGGACACGUUGUGAUAUAAAUGUGGAAAUAAAACGAAAUUUGCACAAAA